AUGUCCACAGCUACAAACGCGGUAUGUUUGAUCACUGUUUUGACAGCGUCUUUAUCAGUUCACUUCGAAAAGUUGUUGUGUUCGUUGCGAGCUUUUGCCCUGGUUUUUAGUAUCGUAUUUUACAACCGAAUCAUGGCUACAUGCAGUCCUUCUCAAGAAAGACAGCUUGUGCUUAUGGAAAGUAUGAACAGGAGAUUGGAUUCAUUUUUAGCGAGCCAGAAGAAACUGGAAGAAAAAAACGCAACGCUUCAGCAAGAAAACGUCAAGUUGCGAACUGAACUCUCAAAACAGGAGAGACUAAAUAACACCAAACGCGGCUCAAAACGUAAACGUACAGAAGCCAAAGUAGAAGUUCCUAUGGAUUUAAGGGUAGGUUUACGUACUUAUUUUAUUGCUUUGAUGUUAGAAGAAAAGCUUUUCAUCGUCAGAGAGUAGAGAUCAGAGUUUGUGCUUAUUCUUUAGAGCUGACCGUGUGAUAGCGUGUCUUCAAAGGCGCCGACAUGCCUAUGUUGUAAAACAUCACAGGAGCCUACAAACCUACAUUGUCUUCCUCUUCGCGCCCAAUUUUAGUAUUUAAGAAGUGAGAACAUAUAUUUAUUUCACCAUUGAAUAACACGAGAUCGAUGGAGAAAGUUGCUGUUGGAAGCAACCGAUCAUGAUCGAUGAUGUGGCCGAUCUCAAAGCAGAAGCCAUGAACAGGGUUAUAGGUUAUAUGCUUCUGUUUCAAUUUGAAGGGUUCGCACACUCUUGAAAAGUCCUUGAAUUUCAUUUUUUCCUUGAAAUUCUGUGAAAGUCCUUGAAAAGCCCUUGAAUUUUCUUCAACUUUGAAUGUAGUGGCCUGGAAAGUGUUUUUUGAUGCUUUUUGGUUUUCCAAGACAGAGUAUGAAUCAUAGCUCAAAGGAUUUAAAGGUUAUUUACACAAAAUGCUCAAUGCUUUUGCAAUAAUUAACUAUCAAUUUAAGACAAGUGAACUGAAAAAUGUAAAGAAGUUGGUGAAGCAAACAGUUCAAGCCGUAAAGCCUUAUUAGAAUGGACUGGGAAUGUGCAUUAACUUUAAAAGUUGUUCUUGAAAUUGGAAAUAGUCCACUGUAAAAUGUCAUAGAUAGGCUUCAGUUAAAAUUGACUUAUGACAUGAAUUAGGUCUUGUUUUAACUGAGGAUAUUUUACUGAGCCUUCACUUUGAAAUUAACAUACUGUUUUUGUCACAGUCCCCAGUCAGAGGUGAACCAGGACAUCUUGUCUAAAGUAAAAGAAGUUCUAAAAAAAGAACAUGGAGGAGAAAAUUUCCCAUGGACUGAUCUGCAAAUGGAAGGUUUGUUGUUACAUGAAUGAGCCUGAGUAUCUUAUGACUAAGUGUGGAGAUCGAGGAGGGUGUUAUCGGCCGAUAACUCCCUCCAAGAUCUCCAUAAUUCUUCAUAUGAUAUGAAAGGCAAAUUCAAAAAGUGUUUUAUUAUUCGUUCAAAAUAAUUCCUAGUUUAAAAAUGUAGCUAAAACAUGCUUACCUCCAUCAGUGUUAAGUUCAUCUUCAAUAGUGCACGUUUAGCAUUUUUCAGCUCCGCAAAUAGCAGAUGUCGCCCUUCGAGUUGUGUUCCUGCCAUGUUUUUAGCUAUUAUUUUGCCAAGUUUUUACUCUUGAAAGAAGUGAAAUGUCCUUAAUUUUUUGUUUUCACUACCAAAACAACUCAACCUCUUCCCCUGGUCUUCUCGGUUAAUGGUACAUUAACCUGCAAGGAAGUAGCACUUUUGACGUCAUCAGUUGAUUAAAACGACAAUUCUUUCAAAUUUGGUCAUCAGUAGCUGGUUAUGAUGAAUUAUAGGUGUGCUUUUAGCCAAUCAGAAUCGGGGAAAUAUUUUGAAUGAAUAAUAACACUUAUUAUUAUAUAAACACCAAUGAAAUACCAGGUGAGCUUUCACUUGAAAACUUGGUAUCUUCACAUGUGAAAAUAUCACCGUUGCUAUGGCUACAUAAUAAAUCGCGCUUUUCACACCAAAUUACUUUUAAAGUGAAAUGGUUUGGUAGAAUAUUACAUGGCCGCUUGGAGAUACGAAAUUUCUCUUCCCUUGUUGAGAAAAUAGCACUGCCUUUAGCUAAGGAAUCAAGUUCUUGUCUGUAAAAGUUAUGUACACUUACAUGUACUAGUUCCUUUUCAACCCUAGGGGCAGUUGCUAAAUUUAGAUUUGAAGAAAUCUCAGCAGGUUUUUUAUAAAAUGUUGCCUACUUUAAAAUUUAUUUUUGCUAAUUAUUGGUCUUUACGUCAACAGCUCAAUUCCUUCGUUACUUCAGAACGGUAAAGGAGAAAUGUCAAAGAAUAAAAAAGGGAAAAAAUGAAGAGCACAAGCAGAGGUGCAAAAUGAGUAGACGUCUCACAAGUGUAAGUAUAAGGAAGUUUUUUUUUCAAACAUCUGAACAUGGUCAAAUAUAAAAACUUUUUUUGAUAAUUAUAAAUGCAGUGGUAUCCCAUUAAUAGGGACACCUGUAUGUGUUGGACAGUUUUCCAUGUCCUCAUGAAAAACAAUGUAUAAUAUGUUUAUAAUGUCAUAAUGAUAUUUAUUGACAGUGAUACAUUGUUUUUUUUUUUCUGAUCUUAACUGCAGUAUAUGGGUGAGGCCACUUUUAUCCUUAGUUAUCUUAUUUUUACUUUCUUGAACAAAUUCCAUUAUUACAAACAUUAAUUCACGGUUCUCAUUAAUUUUUCAAGCAGACAGCUAGGAUGUUAAGGUAGGCGGCUUGGUAACUGAGUGCUGUAGGCAAUUUCAGGUUUUCACUCUCUAACUUUACUCUAUUUCCCCAAAAAGUAGAUGGCUCAAACCUCCAAGUAGCCGGUUUUUUAGCCGGCUGCCGGCACUUAAUGAGAACCCUGCUGAAUUGAUAGAUUAUAUUUAUUAUUGAAGGACUGUAACACCAUUAUUUAGUUUGAUUUUUGUCCUUCUUUAUGUUUUUAUUAGAAGCUGGACAGGCGAUGUGGGGCUUUUGAGCUUAUAAAAGAAUCCUUAUCCUCGCGCCAGAAGCAGCUUGCCCCAGAGGUGCUCUAUGUGGAGUACAUGAGCAGUGAGGAGUCUGCCUGUGAAGAUGAGGAAGAUCCCAUCACUGGUGAAGUAACACAGAAACUAAAGGGUUAUUUAACCAAGAAGCUCUCUUGGGAGCAAACAGCCCUGACAAACUUAAAAAGCAAGCUUGACAGAGCCCAUUAUGGAAGCCUCACCCCUCAUGCCAAAGCAUUGGCAAAGCCCAAGUUUGAGGGUGAUAUAUCAAAGAGGCCAGCACCCGAUGGUCCAUCAUGGGCAGUGAGACAGGCCAUUGCUCAAUAA